AGCACCUGAACUUAAGCUCGUAUCGUGCGACGCAUUGAUGGUUUUUCGUCUCCAUCAUAGGUAUGUUGGUGGAAAAAUCGGCAAAAAAACAUCGAAUCUGUGUAAAAAUGUUGUAAAAGAUUGAGGUAAUAGUGUUCUCAGUGUUCUGAAAAGAGUGAUCAAGUGUGCCGUCGUGAUGCCUAAAAGAAGCCUUCAAUAGUCCACAGGCCAGGCCUCGUCUACGUAUUCCCAAUUCCGAGUAUUGCUGUUUUCAAGAAUGGUGCAUCAUACAACUUAAGUAAUUUCACGAAUACAGAAAAUGGGUUUAAAGAGAUACUAUGGGUUUUGUUACAUAAAGAUACUACUUUUGGUUUUUGUUGAAGUUGUUUUGCCUGAGAACGUAUGUUCGCCAGGGUUAGGCAUGCCGGGGUAUACCAUCCCCCGAGGAGACAUAGCAAUCGAAUUUGGUAGCCCAUUAGACAUAACAUGUGUUAUAGUUAACACCAGUUCUCAAAAUGCUAGUCUAUCUUUCACUAGAAAUAGUAAACCGAUUCCAGGCGAAAUGAUUGACGUUAUCAAUGGAACGACCAUAAAAUUACACGUUGACAACCCGCCACUGGUGUCUGGUGACCAAUACACGUGUGUAUUAGAUAAACAAACGAGCGUUUGUAUGAACCGCGUUUCUGUAGGAAUCAAACCACAAAAAGUUACAGAUUUUAGUUGCAUAUCGUAUAAUUAUGAUAACUUGACAUGCUCGUGGACAACCCCGAACAACUAUGUCCGUACUGAUUACAAUUUAACGUUUACUUUAGGAGAAGGUAGAGCAGCGAGAUAUGUAUACUUAUGUCCAGCUAUAGUUUCCGUCGAUAACCGCAGCAGUUGCUUCUGGAAUAUUUCAACAACCCCUCACUACAGACUAGUGCACGAGAACUUCAAUUUCACCCUCACAAUGAAUAACACUUUUGGAACUAACCAAAUCAACGAACAUUUCAACCAUUUCGCUCACGUUUUAUCGGGUCCACCUGAAAAGCUAAAAGCUGAAAGUGCGACCGCCUCGUCUAUACUCUUGUCUUGGGUGGUACCCUUAUCCAUGCAAACCUUCCCACCGGGUGUCCACCAUCGAAUUUUAUACCAAUGUGAAUAUGACGAGAAAAAAUGGAAAUAUGGCGAUAUUCUCCUUAAACAGCCACACAAAAAAGUGACUUACAACCUAACGGGCCUCCCCUACGCCCACGCCCUAUGCGACAUCAGAGUCUCCUUACGCUCGGCCAAAGCCCUACCCAGCGACGAAUCCAUGUGGUCCCGCAACGCCUCCAUCACUUUCCGGACGAGCAGCAAAAUCCCCGACGAGCCGCCGCUGACUGACGUGGGUAGUUUCGAGGUGGUGGCCUUCGGCAACAAACUCCAAAACCGAGAAGCUUACAUCUACUGGAAGCAGAUCCGAGAGGAGCAGAAGAACGGGCCGGAGUUCAGGUACGAGAUCAGCUGCGAAGAAGAGCCCGAGCUCAAGCCAAGCAACGUCACGAACACAUACGCCAAGUUCAACGAGCUGUCGAUCUCCAAAAGCUACACUUUCCACAUAUGGUCGAAAAACGUGGACGGAUCGUCGUUGCGAAGAUCGACGGUCCGUGUGCCGAAGCAAGCCGAUCGGGUGAAAGAGCCAAUACGUUUCACCAAGGUGGAAUUCAGCGAAGGGAAUUUUGAGCUGACGUGGGAACCACCGGAGUUGCUCCCGACUCAAUAUAUCACAAAUUACACGAUCUUUUCGUGCACGAAUGAGCGGGAUAGACCGUAUCAGUGCACGGGGUUGCUUAAUUGGACGGUCGUUUCCAGUUCGACCACGACCGUCAAUAUGAAAGUGGACAAAAGUAAAAUUUUCCAAUUCGCUAUAGCAGCGAAUACCCGUGAAAGCAGCAGCGGCAUGCUAUGGGCCGCUUGCACCAUCAUCCAUAACAAAAACAUGGGCAAACUCAAGAACGUUUGGAUUAACCGAGUCGGACCUACGUUCAUCGAGCUCGGUUGGAAGUUGGACUGUACCGACGGAAUCGGGAGUGUGGAAGGUUACAUUGUGUAUUUCUGCCCGAUUAAAAGCCCGCUUCACUCGGAAUGCAAAGGUAGUGCAUGGGUUCAUACUUCGAUUUUUCUACGAUCGUCAUUUUUAGCUCCACAAGCGAACACCACGUUUGGUGAUACCACGAUUUCUCGUGGUAACAUCACAGGCUUAAAUCCUUACACCACGUACAUGUUGACCAUUUCUGUGAUAACUAAACACACCACAUUUAGUCAGCAGAGCGAUCCCUUGUAUAAUACGACGCUCGAAGCCGCACCAAGUCAUCCACAAAAUUUGACGGUUGUUAAUGUUACUAAUUCGACGAUCACGGUGGGUUGGCAGCCGCCGGCGGCCCGGAAUGGGGUGUUGAAGUUCUACGAACUUGAAAUUGUGGGGAAUAGUCGUCUGAUCACCAACAGGAGCGAAAGUACUCAGACUAGUUUUACGUUCGAAAAUCUGACAAGCUAUGAAGACUACACGAUCUCACUUGCGGCAUGCACAGUAAUGUGUUCAGAUAAAGUAAUAACUAGAAAUAAAACUGCAAUGGGCCGUCCAAAUAAAAUUGCUAAACCGACAGUCGACCGUCGCAAUGGCACUUCAAUCACGAUCGCUUGGAAUAGACCUUCCCAACCAGGCGGAAACAGCACUUUCUACCUUGUGCGACUGCGCCCCAAAGACGACAACAAAGUUUUUGAAUACAACACGACAGGACGCACAUAUGUUCUUCAGAAUUGUGGCGACGGCGGCAAAUACAACACGUUUUACGUUUCUGUGAAGGCCAUUAAUAAGAUUAAGGGAACGGACGUCGACGGUCCGUGGAGUGAUGAGUUAGAGAAUUAUUGCUACAGACCGAUCAACUACGUUAUGUAUUUAUUACUAGUACUCGCUAUAGCGGGUUUGAUUAGUGUAGGUUUUCUUUUCACGAGAUUAUAUCAUCGCUGUAAGAUAAUGCAGGAUGUGGAGGUGAAACUUCCUCCAGGGUUAGCUCCCGUUGUUGCCGAUCAUACUCUUGUUCCUUGGAGUACUGAGAAACACCAAGAAAGUCGUACUCCGCACUCGCCUCCUGAUGAGGAAUUGCUUCUAGUGAAAAUGAGUGAAGGUAGAAACUUCAGUGGUGAUUCCAGUGGUUGCAGUUCAGGACACGAAAGUGUGACUUCUUCGCUGGAAUCGGGUACUCACAUAUCUAGUAGUGCCGAUUCGGGUACUGAGCAGCCCGGGAAUUACUGCGCUUUGGGUGUAAAUCCGAAGGUAGUAGAUUCGUCGUAUAUACCGGUCACUGUUGACGCAAAAGAACCGUAUAAGAGAUGCGACGAUUUAAGCGAUUCGUCGCCUUAUGUAAUGACAGGUGAAGCAGUUAAAACAAUAAAUCCAGGAUAUAUACCUUUUAAUCAGACUGAACCGAUCGAGAAAAAUUCAGGUUACGUGGUCGCAGGAAUUAAGAACGUUAAUGGGUAUAUACCCUUCAACCAGACUGACACUGUUAGCAGAAACACGGGAUAUGUAGUUGCUGGUAUUAAAAAUUGUAAACUAGAUUAGAGACUUUACUUGCGUUGAUCAUAUCACUCAUACUGGGACAAAUUAAGACGUUCUGUUGAUUCUCCAGCAUUUCACUCUAAUUAAGUAAUCAUGUAAUGGUGUAUGUGUGUUUGUUGCGUUGUGUCUUUUUAAUAAGAAACUCAAAUUAUUUUUUUUAUUUUCUUUGGAUUUUUUAUACCGUGUUAUGUACAUACUACUUUUAAUUUUAAUUAAGCAUAAUUGUAUAUAUUUUUACAUAUACUUGUUAUAGUUUUAAUCAGAUCAUAAAAAGGGCAAAAUGACUUGUGACUGGUCUAAAUGUUGUGCCUUAAUUUAUUGACUGAACACUGAAUGUCUGUGGUUAUCGCUACUGAUACGUAGAGAACUUGCCAGAUUUUAAAUUUAAACAGGUGCUUUAUCGUUGCAAUGCCAAUUUAGUGAUAAUGUUCUUGCACUGACAAUUGGUUCGUAAUUUGGCUUUAUACUUAAAUGUGUUUUAUUAUGUUGUGUUUUCUUCACAGUACGUUAGUCAAUUUAAAUUCCCAAAAAUUACCCACCGAGUGAAGAAAACAACGAUUAUCUUAUACUUGUUUUAAGUUUUUAAUGCCAUGUAAAUUACCAAAUCGUUAUCAGAUGGAAAUUACUUUAUUUUACGUACUAACAUUGAUCGCUUGAGUGACAAAAUCGAGAUCGUUGCUCUCAUUCAUUUUGUCCGUAACUGCACGGAUCGAUUUUCUUUUUUACGUUUUAUUAUUUAAUAAACACUUAUACAAAAGCCAACAUACAUGAUUAUUUUAAUUUAUUAUAUGGCAGCAUUUUUGUGUUCCUAUGCUUAAAGAGUUAACAUUUAUAACAUGUGGCCUCCCCUUGCCAUUUAGAUUUGGAAUUGGUUCAUGUCUCCCAGUAUAACAUGUACCUGAACUCGUUCUCCGUUUCAAUUUGUUGAACUAAUUUUAUGAGAUUUUAGUUAGGUGCAGAUUACUCAAAAUUUGUUCUUCAGCAGUAAAUUAUUGUAAUUUUUCUCUGAUGAAGAUUUGUAUGAUUUUUAAGUAAAUGUUUAAAUUGUGUCAUGAGUGUAAAUUCGAAAAUUGUACCUUUAUUAUUAUUCAUAUUAUCGUCAUUGUUCCUUUUCCAUUAUUACAUUUAAUCAAAUAUAUAUUUAUGAAAUA